AUCUUUCUGCAGUUUUUGUUUUUCUCAUUUUUCCACCAAGGCUGCCGCUUGCCGCGUGGCAGAAGUUGGCUAGUGAAUACUGUAGUGGCCAUUCAGCAUUUUGCUUGUUCUAUAUUCUGAUAUAUAUGAAAUAGUAUUCUGAUGGAAUACAUGGAGGCAUUGCAAGGAUUCAAAUUUUAACGUAUAAUUACGUGUUCACGUUAGACGUUUGUUAUGUGUCACGUAUGAAAGAAGCAAUUAUGAUGGAGGAAAUAAAACAGCUGAAAGAAAAAUAUGUCAAAGUGGACACAUCAGUACUUAAAAAUUUGUUUCUAUCACAGGCAGAAAUUGCAGAUAAAAUUAGAAAAAACCAAGAGCAACGUUGUAACGAUGACUCUAAAAUUAAGGAAUUAACAUCAAAGUUAGCUAUUAUGAAAGAAACUUUGAACACAGUGACUAACAAUUUGGAGGACAAAAGUAAUGAGUUGGAGAAACACAAUGUUUAUCUAGAAGAAUUAGAAGUAGAGAGAAAAAAGUUGUUUCAAGAAAUCAAACAAUUGGAAAUACAACAGCAGAGUUUAAAAGGUAGAUUAGCUAACCCUAAUUUACAAGAUCAACAAGUUCUAGAGCAGGGAAAGAAAAAGUUUAAACUAUAUAAAAAGCUAACAGGAAUACAAUGGGAUUAUGAAGCCUCACAACACAGUAUUAGAGGCUAUGUAACAAACAGACGUGAUUAUAUUCAUCACUUUUGUUAUGAAAAUCAAAAAAUUAAUGAAAAAUUAAUUGAUUCCUUAUGGCAUGAAAUAUAUUUGUCCACUAGUGAAGGUCCCAAAGAUACAAAUGAAAGUCUUCAACCUAAUAUUCCAGAUGUUUCUACAUAAUAUUGUAUCUAUUUAUACUUGUAAGUUUAUUUUAUUUUAAAAUUUUGAA